UUAACGCUUGGCCCGGCACCCCGAAGCCUAGCAUCGCAAUCGCUACGCGAAACGCUGACUCGCUGGCUCGCCUGAUCGAAUCCGCGUCUCGAGCGACGGCGCGAAGCGGUUCGGCCGCAGCGGAACUCUGUCAGCAGCCAAUCCUUUCGCCACUGCCGGCGCCAUCGAAGUCGACCCAGACUGUCGGAACUGCUGCGUAGAGUGGCAGAGUCAGGCGUAAGAUCCAGUCUCUCGCAAGGGUUAUCGUGUCUUUACAAGGCGCUGCGAUAGAUCUCAGCAGAAAGGCGGUACAUCACUGGCUGUUGCAAUGAUGAACCAAGCAGUGCUGCAAUCAUCGCUGCCAUUGGCAUCGGAAAACCCUUUCACUUCGGAACAGGAAUGCAUCGAGCAUAUUGGUGCGCAUGCACAUCAUAACUCCUACGCAGCCGUACCCGAUCAGCUAAGACGCGACGGGGUCCUAGCACAUACUGCGACCGGUAUCCACCAGGGCUCAAUUACAGGCCGUUACGGUACACAUCGUCCCGACAGUGCCUACCAGUCGAGCGUGGCUCUUUCGGACUCAGGCUCUGGUUCCAUAUCCACCUCGCCUAGCUCCAACGCCUCAUCAGCGCUGGCAUAUUCCUCGUAUACUACGUUCCCUCCGACGGUGUCAAACACUUGCUCAAGUCACUAUUCCGUACCAAACAGUUACUUCAGCACUACGUGUGGUUACGACGGCAUGUCUUCAAGUCGACGAUUAAACGAUGCCUCUUUGUCGGCAAUGUUACCUCCGGCGAGAUCACCAGGACUAGGCCAUUCUGUGUCACCAUCUAUGAGUUCGUCGGCAAGGGACAAUUAUACGACAGGGACGCCUAGCGUGCAUAGAUAUCCCAACACCUUGUCCCCUCGAGCUGACCUUUCCCGGUACAACUCACAACCUGACACUCCUAGGAGUGUGCUUGCCACUACUAUGCCCUUGACGUACAACGGUGCUUACCACGCCAGCACAUUUGCGACGCCCUCAGGCUCACCCGAGACGCCGCCUUUCAACGCACAGGAGACAUGGGGCAACAUCACCUGCGAAGGCUCGACCGUGACGCCCAAUAUCGACGCCAAGAUUGAGAAGGGCUUCUUUUGUUCCGGUGAUCGGGUAUGGACAUGCUACCGAAGGAACUAUUUUGCGGUCAACGUGUCGUUCCAGCUUACGCCCUGGAUCGCAAACGCCCGAAUGUACCUCGAGCAGACAGGUAAACCAGCAGAACAGAUACAGUCCAUGGCAGUAUCUCUUGCAGCCGCUGUGGAUGGCUCUACAGGCAAGACGAUCGAGCUGAUCCAGCACACACCUAAGCGCGACAAAGGGCCGCAGCUUGCGAUGAAGAAGGAACUACUGGCCCCAACGCCGCCGGGAAAGAGCCAUGAUCAUGUUGGAUAUGGGCUGAGUAACUUCCAUCAGACCUCAACUGUGGCGGGUCCUCAGCUACCUUUGCAGAGCGAAACCGAUUCGUCCCAGCAAUAUUCCCCGACUAGCCAUGCCAGUAGCAACUACCAGCACUCAUUCGAACGCAUACAGUUCAAGUCCGCAACAGCAAACAAUGGCAAGCGUCGCGCUCAACAACAGUACUACCACUUGAUUAUCGAGUUGUGGGCGAACGUGCAAAGCCCACGAGAGUCUGAGCCUCGUUGGGUCAAGAUCGCAGCUCGGCUUUCGUCCCCGGUCGUUGUCCGUGGCAGGUCACCCAGCCACUACCAGAACGAAGGCCCACACAAUGCUGGCACCCCAAGAGGCGCGCCUGGCUCUGGCCUCGGUGGAGGUGGUCAUCAUGGGCUGGGGUCUAGUGGUCAACCAUCGUACUCGGCCUGGAGGAACGGUAUGUCGGGCGGUGGUGCGACUGGAAUGGGCAGUAGCAUGUACCGUGGUAACACGUACUCGCUAGACCCGAGUCCCGUCGGCAGCCAUUCGGUCAGCUCAGCAAGUUCUCUGAGCGGGGGCCCAGUUGAGGGCGUUAGUGGCGAACAGCACAUGGUCGAAGACGACGACGCGAAGAUGAUGGAUGCGCCUCAGGACUAUUCUUAUUAUCCUGCGUCCAUCUACGAGAGUAUCCCCGCUAAGCUUGAAAGCACGCUACCGCCACCCGACCGCAGGAUCAAGGACGAGUAUCCUACUGCUGGCUGGCACAUCGGAGGCUGUGGAAGAUUCCAAGGCAUGGAGAGCAGUCGCGGAUACUAUCCCGACGUACAAGCCCACACGUAUUGACAAGCAUCCAGUAGACUGCUGUCAUAGCUUGUAUGAACCAUGUUGGCGGGCUCAACAUGGAUUGAGGCUCGCUCCCUUCUUGAGCGGAAACCUGCCUCACUGAACUUCGUACAGGCAGUCGGGAAGCUCUUACUAACAACGGAUACUUCUGGGUGCUUCGCGAUGAGAUCUUGGUUUUGGGGCGGCCUUGUUAUUGUUACUGUACUUGAUCCCUUGCAAACACGAACACCGAUGAGCCCCAG